AAUAAAAAAAGGUCGGUUUGCGGAAAAACCCUAUCUCUCUUUCCUCUCACAGCCGACAAAUAAACACAAGGAGGAGAGGAAGAGGAGGCAGCUGCCGAAGCUCAAACAUACAUCCUUUUUGCUAUUCAAUUCCUAUCUCUCUUUACUUUUAUAGCGAAAGCUAAGCACAAGAGAGGAGAGGAAGAAGGAGAAGAAGAGCAGCCGCCGAAGCACAAACACACACCUUAACGUCUGCUAUUUAGGCUGUCGACCACUAUCAUUAUCUGCCAACAGAAAAGAAAAAAGGUCGAGAUUAUGGGAGUAGAAUUGGACAGUCAGUACAAAAAAGAGAUAGAAGACAUGGAGGAUGAUGGUGUUAAUUAUACUGAUUCUGACUUAGUUUAUCAUGUCAGGGAUGCCCUUCAUUCAGUUCAAUACGGAGAUACCAACAGUUAUGACCAGCUUGUUGGUGUCAUGCAUCAUUCCCAACGGCUUACCCCUGAUGAUGUGGCGCUUCUUUUGACUAGUCUAAAGGCACUCUCUGGGGCAGUUUCUUAUAUAGACGAGUGCCACCAUGAUCGUCUUCUUCAAUCUAUAUUUGGGAUGAGCAUUUGGAAUUAUGGACCUGAUGUGAUGGAAGCUUUGCUUGAACUCAUUAUUGCCUUGGCAGCUUCAAAUGGAAAAUAUAUUGAUCCAUGUUUGAAAAUGCUUGUAACCAAUUUCGUGCCACCAAUGUAUUUAAUUGAUAUACUAAAGCUGCCACGCGGUCAGGCAAAAAAGGAACAAGUUCUAUCGCGAUUGCAUACAGCUCUUGAAGAUAUUGCUCAUUUGAUACCUAUGGCAGCCUCUAGAUUAUCUACAGAAGUUGUAAGUGAGAUUCAAAGGAUACCAACAACCUUUAAGAAAGAUCAAUAUCAUGAGAAGGACCGUGUGAAAUAUCGAACUGAAAUCUAUGUGGAGAAUAUGUUAAGAUUGGAGAGUGGUGCAAUAAGAGAAUUUGUUGGAAGCAGGAUGCUGAUGGCGGUGGUUGAUAAGCUGAUAGAUUUGGAUGUGGCAAUUGGUUGGGAUGACAUUCUACGAGAUGACUCCUGUAAAGGCAUCUUUGCUAUUGAGCUAGAAGAUGCUGAUGAGGUUUCAGAUGAUGAUGAAUAUAAUGAUUAUGGCGAGCUUCCGAGAACUUUAAGCCAUAAGAGCUUAGGUGAAAACGUCGCUGCUGAUCUGUUAGAUAGUCUGAUGGUCCGAAUAUUUGAGCAUCUCGAGUUGUGUGCAAACAAUAAACGUUUGAAUGAGGUGUUUGAAACCCUUUUGGAUUCGUUCAUGCUAACUAUCUUAAACACAUAUAAGUCAAAGUUUGCUCAGUUUGUGAUGUUCUAUGCCUGUGCACUCGAUCCUGAAAAUUGUGGUGUGGAAUUUGCUGAAAGACUCAGAGAUAGGUUUACUUAUGGUGAGAAUCCACUCACAAGGAUGAGUGCCGUGGCUUAUCUUGCUAGUUAUCUGGCUCGCGCAAAGUUUCUGCCUAUUGCUUUUGUUGCUAGCACAUUGAAAAGGCUGGUGGAUUGGUGUUCGGAGUAUUGUAGAAACCAAGAUGGUGACAUGAACCCAAAAGCACAUCGAGUUUUCUAUUCUGGAUGUCAGGCCAUAUUGUAUGUGCUAUGUUUUCGUAUGAGCUCAAUGAUGGAUAUUCCAUGGCUCAAAUCCCAACUUCUCCAUAUGCCCUUGGAGCAAAUCAUGAAGCAUAAAUUGGGUCCUCUGAAGGUGUGCCUGCCAUCUAUAGUAGAAGAGUUUCUAAAACAGGCAAAAGCUGCUCAUCUGUUUACUACAUCCCAAACAUCCAGCUUUGAAGAUGUUUUGGAAUCAGAAUUUUCCAAGGAUUUUGGUGGACUGGAAAGACUGGACAUGUUCUUUCCAUUUGACCCAUGUUUGCUGAGAACAUGUGACAGGAGUUUCAUCCGGCCAAACUUUGUAUACUGGAAGGAUGUCAGAACCACAUAUGGCAGUGAUGAGGAAGAUAGCAGUGAUGAAGAUAUUGCUGAGGAUUUUACUGACAUAAAUGGAGGGAGUUAUAUGGAAGAAGGGAUGGCGACGAGUUUAGACGGCCAACAUCUUGAUCUUGAUGAAUUUGACUAUGCAAUGAAUAAAAUGUCCAUCACACCCAAGAAUCGAUUCGGUAUCAGAUUCGGAGAAAGGAUGCAAAUGCCCUCAAAAAUAAGACCCUCUACAAGUCCGGAGUCUUUGUGAUAAUUGUUAGACAGGGGAGGGCCUGUUAUUUUCAUGCUAACAUUAUUUAUUCAGGGUUUAGGAUUUCACUAAUAGAUUCAAUUCCAGGCUAUGUGAUCCUAUUCAACUUUGAUUUUCAAGCUGUUGUAAAUUAAAAUUUUGAUUGAUGCGUUUACACUAUAAUGUUUCAUAUAUUGAGUGUAAUUAAUUAGAGUCAGGAACUUGAGCCUUCCAAGUUUGGUGUUCAAUACAAGAAUAUGAUGUUUUAAUAUUUCA